AUGCCUCUCUCCUCUCCUCUCUCCCCCCUUUCUGCUGCGUGUUCUUCGCUCGAUCAGCCCAAGGCCACCAAGUCCGGAAAGAAGCCCGCCCCCGCUCCCUACCCCGGAGCCAAGGCCGCCGUCUCGAAGAAGAACCCCCUCUUUGAGCGCAAGCCCAAGAACUUUGGUAUCGGUUCGUCGCUUUCUGGUUCUUCUUUUUCUCCUUUGUUCUUCUGGGUCUCACCCUCCGCUUCCCCCUUUCUCAGGCCAAUCCGUCAAGCACACCACCGACUUGACCCGCUUCGUCAAGUGGCCCGAGUACGUUCGCCUGCAACGCCAAAAGGUCAUCCUCAACCAACGCCUCAAGUGCCCCCCCGCCAUCGCCCAGUUCCACAACGUCCUUGACAAGAACACGGCCACCCAGCUCUUCCGCCUCUUGAACAAGUACAAGGGCGAGACCAAGCAGGAGAAGAAGGUUCGUUUGGAGCAAAAGGCCGCCGACCUUGCCGAUGGCAAAAAGUCGGACGAGUCCAAGAAGCCCUUCUUUGUCAAGUCGGGAUUGAACGUGAGUGGUACGGUGGAGUCGUCCUGGUAGGAUCGAACCGCGUGACUCAUCUCUGCGGCUGUGCGUUCCCUCAGCACGUUGUCGGUCUCGUCGAGGCCAAGAAGGCGUCGCUCGUCAUCAUCGCCGACGACGUCGACCCGAUCGAGCUCGUCGUCUUCCUCCCCGCUCUGUGCCGCAAGAUGGGCAUCCCCUACGUCAUCGUCAAGGGCAAGGCUCGCUUGGGUGCGGUCGUCGGUCGCAAGACCUCGGCCGUGCUCGCGUUCGGCGAGGUCAAGUCCGAGGACAAGGCCGAGCUCGCCAAGCUCGUGUCGGCGAUCAAGGCCAACUACACGGACAAGCACGAGAAGACCAAGCACCAGUGGGGCGGCGGAAUCCGAGGCACCAAGUCGUACGCCAAGCUGCAAGGUCGGGCCAAGGCUUUGGGCCAGGACCCCAGCAAGGUUUCCAAGACCGUCUAA